CCAAGACUUGCAAGAGGGCCGUUGGAGCCUCCGCUGCAACGAGGCCAGCAUUUGCAAUGUCUGCACCAGACGACUCAGACCUGUCGCCUACGAGUCCGACAGAAGAAUCGGACCUUCUGCUCUCACCUUCAGCGGAUCCCGAGCCAAGGCCCGGUUUGGAUGGCUACCCAGUUCACUGGUACGAUGCCGACCGGACGGAGUCGUACACCCGAAUCGAGCCCUUCCAGGAGAAGCAAGAUACCAGUAUAGAGUUCUUCUACAGCCCCAUCACCCUGACUGUUCUGGGUGUCGCCAUGGCCAUCUUGGCCUACGUAGCGACUACCCAGGAUGUGUUGGAAGAAGGAAGAGACAAACGGCGAGUUGGAGCGUACGCUGCCAUCGCGGGGUUCUUGUUGUUUUCUAUGAUACAGUUCCGUGAUGGGCCGUUUAUCCGACCUCAUCCCGCAUUUUGGCUUGUCGUGUUGGGGAUAAAUCUAUUAUACGAGUUGGCUCUCGUAUUCCUGCUUUUCCAGGAUCUGGGCUCCGCUAGGAAAAUGAUGACAUUCAUAGACCCCAACCUGGGCAAGCCAUUGCCGGAGAAAAAUUAUGCAGAAAACUGCGAAUUUACUCUGGAGAACGUAUGGAAUGCCGUGGACAUCUUCUGUCUGGCACAUGCUCUUGGGUGGUUUGGUAAAGCGCUGAUCUUGCGCGACUAUUGGUUCUGCUGGAUCCUGAGCAUCGCAUUUGAGCUCGCCGAGUAUAGCCUGCAGCACCAACUUCCCAAUUUCGGAGAGUGCUGGUGGGACCAUUGGGUGUUGGAUGUCCUCAUUUGCAAUUGGCUUGGGACAUACUUGGGCAUGAAGACCUGCCAGUACUUUGAGGUUAAGCACUAUGAAUGGCGUGGAAUGCGCCAAAUUCGCGGGUUCCGUUCCAAGACCAAACGUGUUCUUACGCAGUUCUCCCCACACGAUUUUACUGCCUUCAAUUGGGAGGGAACAGUCGAUUUCAAGCAUUACUUCACUGUCGUGCUGCUUCUGGCUGUCUUCCUCGCCGCGGAGUUGAACCCUUUCUAUCUGAAGAGCUUGCUAUGGAUGGAACCCGAUCAUCCUAUCGUCAUCGCCCGCCUUGCCGGUAUAUUCCUUUGCGGGCUGCCGGCAGUCCGAGAACUUUAUCAAUACAUAAAUGACCCCAGGAAAGCGAAGAGAAUGGGGCAGCACGUAUGGUUGCUCUUGGCUACUAUCGGCACGGAACUACUCGCUAUUAUUAAAUGGAGUAAGGGCCAGUACCCAGAGCCCACGCCUACGUUUGUCAAAUCGGCCUGGGCGGUGGGGGGUCUUUUGCUUGUUGCGUACCCCAGCUUACGGUUUGGUGUACCGAGCAUGAGAAAAUACGUUAGAAGGCAGAAGCGGAAGAAUGAAACUAAGUCCCGAUGAUGACUCUCUGCCACUGUAUCUUGCCACGUUGUCAUCAUCUACAGCCC